AUGGAGAAUGAUCAUCAGCCUUCACCAGACAAGGAAUCCUCGGAUGAACAAGAAGCAAGCCCCGCAAGAUCAUAUGACUGCACCUUUUGUAAGAGAGGUUUCUCCAACGCACAAGCCCUAGGUGGCCACAUGAAUAUUCAUCGUAGAGACAAAGCUAAGCUCAAACAACCUUCUCCAACUCAUGAAAAUGCCCUACAAUCUUCGGAGAUCUAUAAGACCACCCCCUCGUAUUCUCCGAAACAUCCAAGCUCCGCAACUAGUAAAGACGAAAGCAGCCAUGGAAAGUGGCCUUGGGUUCAUGAUGACGAUGAUGAUAGCCAAAUAGACAAAACCACUAGAAUCCGAAAACUGUCUUUAUUUGAUGAAAAUCCGAGCAAUGAAGUUCAAGAGGGUAUCAAGAAUAAGUUUUCAUCGAGUCAGAGUCCGUCGAUGUCUGAAGUGGACCUUGAACUUAGACUCGGACUUUAA